AUGGCGACCAAAGACUGGAACGCAGCACAGUACCUGAAAUUUGAACGGGAAAGAACACGACCCGUGGCUGACCUGUUGUCCCAAGUCCCUCUGGCAUCUCCAGGACGCGUCUUCGAUCUCGGCUGCGGGCCGGGCAACUCAACUAGCGUCCUUCUCAAACAAUACCCAGACGCCCAUAUCACCGCUGUGGACUCGUCUCAGGACAUGGUGAACAAGGCUCGACAGACCCUCCCGGAGAGCGUCGACGUGCAGCUCGCGGAUCUCGCCACGUUCCGAGACACCGCCUCGGCAGAUCUCCUCUUCGCCAACGCUGUGUACCAAUGGAUUCCGUACGACGAUCGCAUACGCACCUUCACCGAGCUUAUUAUGACCCAGAAGCCAGGCGGGGUGUUUGCCUUCCAAGUCCCCGACAACUUCAACGAGCCCUCCCACGUCGCCAUGCGUGCCGUGGCCGAAAACGGUCCCUGGUCGGCCACGCUGAACCGGCUACCUGAGCCGCCCACGCGCAAGCCGUUCCAAACACCCGAGGAGCUGUACAAUAGCUUGAAGCCGCUGUGCUCCGAUGUCAACAUAUGGCGUACGUACUACCACCACAUCCUCGAUGACCAUCAGGCCAUCGUCGAAUGGGUCAAGGGGACGGGCUUGAGGCCCUACAUUGAUCCGCUAAGCGACGAGGAAAGGAAAGGCUUUCUCGAGGCCUAUCUUGGAAAGAUCGCCGAGUUCUACCCACCCUUGGUCGAUGGGAAGGUGUGUCUCCGAUAUCCGAGGCUGUUUGUGGUGGCCGUCCGACGUUGA